UCUCAGCCAAUCAGCGCAGGCUGGGCUCCGCUUCUCCUCAUCCUAGCUUGUUGUGGGCCGAGUGGUGGCUGUGUGCUGGGAAUGGUAGGUCGGCUGGGCCGGUGCUGCACGGAAGCUGCAUGUCACCGCUAUCGCUGGAGCUGCGGCCCUGACACCGGGAGGUGCUGGUCAUCAUAAUGGAGACUCUAAGAAAGUAUGUUUGUUCAUUGAGAAGAAUCAGCCUGUGGUCAGUCCACAUCUUUGCUGCUGUUUGCUUGCUGCCCACAGAAGCUGACAUUAGAGCGUAUGCUUCAGAUAAUGACACCAAAACAUUUGAGGACCUUCCAGCAAGGUUUGGCUACAGACUUCCCAGUGAUGGCUUAAAGGGGUUUCUGGUGAGCUCUAAACCAGAGAAUGCUUGUGAGCCCAUUUCUCCUCCACCGGUGCAGAAGGACAACAGCACUAGUGUCUAUGUGGUGCUUAUCAGAAGACUGGACUGUAACUUUGACCUUAAGGUGUUAAACGCUCAGAGAGCUGGAUACAAGGCUGCUAUUGUUUUCAAUGUGGACUCUGAUGAACUCAUCAGUAUGGGGUCCAAUGAUGUUGAGAUUCUGAAGAAAAUUGACAUUCCAUCAGUGUUUAUCGGGGAGUCUACCGCACGAAUACUGCAGGAAGGAUUCACCUGGGAUAAAGGCGCUCAUCUUUUGUUAAUUCCUGAAGCUUCGAUGCCACUGGAAUACUACUUAAUACCAUUCCUAAUCAUAGUCGGGAUUUGUCUAGUGCUCAUUGUUAUUUUUAUGAUCACCAAGUUUGUGCAGGAUCGGCACAGGGCGCGAAGGAACAGACUCGGCAAGGAUCAGCUGAAAAAACUUCCCAUACACAAAUUUAAGAAAGGUGAUGUGUAUGAUGUAUGUGCCGUCUGCCUGGAUGAAUAUGAAGAAGGAGAUAAGCUUCGAGUAUUGCCUUGCUCCCACGCCUAUCACAGCAAGUGUGUUGACCCGUGGUUAACAAAGACAAAGAAGACCUGUCCUGUGUGCAAGCAGAAGGUUGUCCCAUCCCAGGGGGACUCGGAUUCUGAUUCAGACAGCAGCCAGGAAGAUAACGAUGUCUCAGAAAACACUCCAUUGCUCCGACCCACACCUUCUGCCAGUGCUCAGUCAUUUGGGGCCAUAUCCCAAUCUCACUCUCAUCAGAGCAUAGUGGAGUCCUCCUCCUCCGAGGAUGAUGAUGACGACGACGACGAUGCAGAUGACAGUGACAGUAGCGAUGAGCAACAUAAUACACAGAGUGUUGUGGUCCAGCUACAGCACAACAUGGAGCAGGAGUCCAGAGAGAUAAACACUGUGUGAAUCAUGACUGGAGAAUCAUUAAGUGCUUGUCAAUCAUUUAUGAUGCUAGAUUUUAUUUUUCCCCCAAAAUAAGUCUGUAGUAACAGACCACUUGCUGCCUCCUAGCUUUAGCCUCUGAGGCUGCAAGGCUAAUAUACUGUGUAAUGUACAGAGUAUGUAAAAAUGUAAAGCUGCUAUAUGAAAGUUGCUUUAGUUCUUCUCUUGGACACUACCCU